UCCUCGAAUGUGUAUGAUAACCUCUCUCUCUCUCUCUCUCUCAUUCUGCCGCUCGACCCAGACGGUCGCCUCCCUUUGUAAUGCUUGGUUUAAUCUGCGAAUCCCCGAAUUGGGAUUCCAGACUUUGUGUUCUGAGACAAAGGGAUCUGCAUUAGUAUAUUUUUGUUGGGCAGUUUUGGAGUUAGCAUCGAGCUUGUUACCUUCGACCUGGUGACAGCCGUUGCUUUUGAAACAAUGUUGUUUUGCUGUCAUGAUGGCACCGUGGCUAGGAUCAAGUUCGCCUCGCUCAUUUCCUUGUAAUCAAUGGUUAUUUUUCUUGGGUUUCUGCUUUGGAUUUUGGGAUUGUGGGGGACUGAGAGUUGGAUUGAGGCUCAUUUGGUGAUCAGCAUUUCUUCCAGGAAGACAUGGUACCAUGCUACCGAUGGCCUGUAUUGGACGAAUGAAGCUGGAGCUGGUGUUACCUUCCCUCCCUAGCUGCCUAAUGAAUGCUUUCACCAUGCAACGAGAUGAGAGCAAUCAGAUACAAAAUUGCCUUCUCUCUUCCUGCUCCCCGAUGUCUUUUUUUGCCUUACACCUACCGGGCAAUAGCCACCAACACCACUGCUGUCUCCACCAUACACCACGACCCUUCUUUCGUCGACACCCACCAUCAGUCUCUUCUCACUUACUCUUCCAUGUUCAGAGAAGGUGUGCCCAUAAGCUUCCAAUCUUAUCCUUCACUGCUCAAGGCUUGUGCCACUCUUGGCUCCCUCGAUUUUGGCAGGAUGGUUCACCACAACAUCGUCAAAAUGGGAUUCAGCUCAGACGUUUACAUUGGUGCAUCUCUUAUUGAUAUGUAUGCUAAACUUGGAGAGAUCAAUGAUGCACAUCAUGCAUUUGUCGAAUUGCCCGAGAGAAGUGUAGUCCCUUGGACGGCGAUUAUUACUGGGUACUCGCAGAAUGGUGACAUCAAUAUGGCAUUUAGUAUGUGUAACAUGAUGCGGUUUGAAGGGAUGCAACCGAACUCCGUAACCAUGCUGACUCUUCUUGCUGGGAUUGAUUUGCUUGUGCAUCUGGUGUGUGUGCAUGGAUCCAUUAUAAAGUUCGGGGUUGAAUCAGAUAUUCGGGUUGCUAAUUCUCUUGUAAAUGUGUAUACAAGAUGUGGAAGCUUAGAGUCUGGAGAGCGUGUGUUUUAUGGAAUGGCUGAGCGAGAUAUAGUUUCAUGGAAUACAAUGAUUUCUGGACAUUCCCAAUAUGGAAAUGUUGAAGUUGCUGUUGACCUUUUGCAACACAUGCAACUGUUUGGAGGUGCAAAGCCAGAUUUUCAAACACUAGGAAGUUUGGCAUCUGGUAUUGCAAAUGAGGGCCUUCUUGCACUAGGGAAGUCAAUACAUGCGUUGAUUGUAUCAUAUGGUUUUGAGUCUGAUGUCAUCAUUCAGACUGCACUGAUGGGGAUGUACUCAAAAUGUGGCAGCCUGGAUGAUGCAAUGCUACUUUUUGAGAAUGCCAGGCAUAGAGAUGAUGUUUCAUGGAUGACAAUAAUUUCAGGUCUUGUUCUCAAUGAUCGUGCUGAUGAAUCUCUGACAAUUUUUGCACAAAUGUUUCAGGCAAGAUAUAUACCUUCCACUGCAAUUAUAGCUUGUGCUAUAGCAGCAUGUAGCCAGUUGUGUGCCCUGGACAAGGGAACAUCAAUUCAUGCGUACCUUAUCAGGAACCAUACAGAUAUAGAUAUUGCUGCAGGAAAUUCUCUUGUAACCAUGUAUGCAAAGUGCAGGAGGUUAGAACUAGCAUGGAGAGUUUUCGAACGGAUGAAUGAAAGAGAUGUUGUUUCUUGGAAUGCCAUAGUUUCUGGUCAUACGCAAACUGGCCAACUAGACAAAGCUUUGCUGCUCUUUGCCAAGAUGAAACUUACAGACCAAAGGCCAGACUUGGUGACAAUGGUUGGCCUUCUGCAGGCCUGUGCUGCAUGUGGUGCACUGCACCAAGGGAAGUGGAUUCAUGGGUUCAUACUAAGACAUAAUCUAGAAGCAUCUCUAUUGAUGGAUACUGCGUUGGUUGAUAUGUAUUGCAAAAGUGGUGACAUAGACACAGCAAUGAAAUGCUUCAAUCAGAUGCCUCAAAAGGAUGUCGUCUCAUGGAGCACCAUCAUAGCAGGAUGCGGGAGUCACGGCAAGGGAAAACUUUCCCUGAGUUUGUACUUAGAGAUGCUUGAAUCUGGGAUUCAACCAAACAACGUUACAUUCCUGGCUCUUCUUUCUGCUUGUAGUCAUGCUGGACUUGUUUUUGAAGGUUUGAGGUUGUACAAAUCGAUGGUAGAUGACCACAGGCUGAAACCAAAGAUGGAACACUCUGCUUGUAUAAUCGAUCUCUUAAGCCGUGCAGGAAAAGUGAAUGAUGCAUAUAAGUUCAUUAAUAGUGGAGGAAUAUCCUGCACCACUGACAUGCUUGGGAUACUCCUCACUAACAGCAAGAACCAUGGGAACGUUGGUCUGAGUAAAGACAUCACAGAAGAGAUAGUCGCAAAGGAGCCUGAGACUGCUGAAAAUUUUGUGCAGUUAGCACAAAGCUAUGCUGCAAUCAGUAAUUGGGAGGGUAUGGCUCAGAUGUGGGUAAGAAUGAAAUCUCUUGGGUUAAAGAAGUCUCCUGGAUGGAGUUACAUAGAAUCACAGGGCAUCAUAAAUACAUUCUUUGCAGGUGACUUCUCACAUGCAUGUUCGGACGAUAUUAAGACAAUUCUAUGCGUCUUGAACAUGGAAAUGAGAGAAGAAUGCCAAUGCAGAAUAAGCAGAUCUGAGGCCUAUAGUUCUUGAUCACUCCGACAAAUAACAGCAAAUACAUACAUUAUUAUACAGAAUAAACAUAUCUGUUAUAUAUUAAAUGUGUUUUUCAUAUCUCAGAAUGCAAAAAGAAGAAAAAAUUGAAAACGAUCAAAUGCAGUAGAUUACCAUAUCACAGGCAAAGCUGCAAAGACAUAGUCACAGAGCCCCUUUGCCUAAUACCAGCCAGUAACCACAGUAAGACUGGAAUUUAUGAUCAUACUGAUGACUACUUUUCACCAUUGCCUCCAAAAUUAUGUGAUUAAUGAUUAUACAAGUUGUCUACUGUUUCACCAUGAUCAAUUCCGGAGAAUUUUUUAUGAGCUCAAGGUCAUGAAUACUAGUCUUCUUGUUGUAGAUGGAGUAAUGGACUAACAGAACUCUCAAGAAGCAUCCUGGCGAGAUCAGCAUGGAGUCAUCGGUUUUUGCUGGCGAGGACAAUGUGAGACGCAUUUCGAACACCAGGUGUAUUUCUCUUUUUUAACUCUAUUAUGAAACCUUGCAAUCCCUGUUUGGUGCCCUAUGCGACAGCUGGAUGGUCCAAACUCGUAAUCUAGCGACUUGGCAUAGUACUGAUUACAGCUAUAAGCUGCUGCCAUGCAAAUGAAGUAAAUUUGGAUAUUUCCUAAAAAAAAAGGGGGCUUGUAUAUCAUGCCAGACAGUUUUUGAUAAUAUCUCAUUAUAUGCUAAAGGCCUACUUCAGUUGGCAAACCACAAAGUUCACACUCUGCAAUCAUGGUUAGAAGGCACAACUCGUGCUUGUGAUCUACCAGCAAGAUGAGGAAAUCAGGCAAGCCACAGCUCUCGAACUUGGUUAUUCAAGGAAGCUAAUAAGUGCAGCCAUGAAUUCUUUUUGCCGUCUGGGAAUGACGAUCGUCAUUCAAAUAAUUCUAGUUGGCUACAGAGGUAUGGUUGUCUUCCAAAAGGAGAUCGUAUUCAAGGAGGAAUCUCUCGGGCCUGUUUCUUCAGAGAUAAAGCAUUUUCUGCUGUUUCUGCCUCCUCCUUUGCCUCAGCUACUGCUUCCAGGUGCUUCAACUUCUCUUUCAAAGAAGAUACUUCCUUCUCCAGUUCCCUGACCGUUGAUCCACCAUUCUCCAUUUGACUGACCGUUGAUCCACCAUUCUUCCAUUCCUCAGAGCUUUCGGUUUGCAUCUUCAGAGGUUCAGUAGUCUUCUUCAUCAUCCGUAAUUCCCUUGUAUAAUGGUGCAUGCAGUCAACCGCCAAUGUAAGGAAGACCCUAAACCCUGCACAGAAACGAGGACAAAGUUUAAGAUCGAUACUUGUUACGAGGAUGAGCAGCAAAAUGUACUACCAUCUAUGCAUGGAAUCUACUCAUAACAAGGUGAUUGUUAUGACUAGAAGUAAUCAGUAAUAUUUUGAGUCCAUCAAACUGAUGUUGCAUGGCCUUGGUGAUGUGCAAGGGAUCCACACCAAAAUCCAUGGUUUAUCAAUCUAAGUAUCUUUGUACUACUAUGACAUUGACAAAUCCUAAAAGGAGGGUCUGUUCUUAAAUUUA